CUCCCGCGUCCCAAUCGUCACCUUUCGUGUGGAGCAGCAGUAACAUCUCAACGCUAGCUAGCUUUGCUUCCGGAAGACACUUCCCUACCAUAUCGCGCGCUCGCGCGGUCUGGUAGAUCGAGGCUCGGACCCCCUAGGGUGAGUUCGGGUUCUCUACUAUCAAGUCCUUUUUGGCAGCCGUACGCACGACUUGCUGAGCAGCCAAGCCAUCUGUGCGGGCUGCGUCAGCUCUCCCUGGCUGAUGGGCUCUCACAAAGGCAGUGCUGCAAAGUAGUGGUGCCAAAAUGUCCUGGAAGCGCGCGGUCGGCACCGUUGCCGCUCAAACUGGUGCGUGCGGCGCGCUCCUGAGUCUCCCCGAUGAUGUGCGCGACGACGUCGGCGUCGCGCCGGGUGUCGCCGCGAUCUACGCCGCCGGCGCGGGGACCUGCUACGCGCUGCGGCCCGCCGCGGCAGAAAGUAUUGCGGCGCGCGUCGCCUGGUACGGCCUCUUCGCCGGGCCCGUGAGCGGGAGCCUCGCGAUGGGCGUCGCCGCCUACGCCGCGUCAUUAAUACUGCCGCCGACGAGCCCGCUGCCGCCGGCGGGCCAGGCGCGGCUGACGGCGGCCCUGCAGGAGCGGGACCUCGGCUCGCUCGCGGGCGCGCGGCACCUGCCGCCGGAGACGGUCGCGCACCUGUGGCACGAGGCGCUUUCGCCGUUUUUGGAGGACGAGGGCUGCGACGCGAAGGACUGCGGGCCCUUCGCGCCGGCCGUGGCGCAGAUCCAGCGCCGGCCCGCGGCGCGUGAUGCGUUGAGGAGGGUGGCGGCGGACCUCGGCGGCGGGGAAGGGUUCGAGGGCCUCGCCCUGGCGCUCGUCGCGGCCAGUGCACAAAUCAAAUUUCGCGGCGCUUCUCAGCACGGCCGCGUCAUCGCCGAGAAAUGACUUAGUGCAGUCGACGCACUGAUUGAUUUACGCACAGGUCGCGGCCGAGCGCUGCGUCGACGGCGACACGCAGAGGUGCGCCGACGUCGCCUGGGCGCUCGGCAAGGCGGCGCCCGUGGUCCCGCCCGCCGUGCGGCGCCGGGCCACGUCGGUGCCGACCUUCGCGCCGGCGGCGACCUACGUCGGCCGGCGGCCGGGCUACAAGUUCACGGCGGGCGCGCGCGGCGUGGGUUAUUAUUUGGACUACCCGGCCCAGCCGCUGCCCACGUCCUUCGAGCCCGUCGGCGAGGCGCCCGACACGGCGCUGCACGCGGCGCAGCUCGCCUGGUGGGUCGCCGAGGCGCGCGCUUCUGAUCAAAACGCGUUCGCGGCCCAGGCAUCAACUCUGUGGCGGCCGACGCCGCGCGCAAUCGCUCGCGUCGUGUUGGGAGGCGCCGCGCUGGAGCGGUCCGCCGGCAAGGCCCCGGAGGCCGGCGUGGUCGCGUGCGUCGAACUCGCGCGCGCGUUCGGCGGCGACGUGCGACCCGUCGACGGCGCGCACCUCGCGCUCCAGGAGAAGAUCUUCGGAGCGCAGCAACCGCCACCUAGUAGUUAACAAGUUGUUAU